UACAACUCUGUUGUAAUUAAUUUUUAUAAUUAUUUAUUAGAUGUUAUAUUGCAACUCUAGCUAUUACUUAUGCAGAACGUAACAAAGAAAACGCUACACCUGCUCAGACACCUGGCACGCGUACGGAAUCGAUAUUAUUAUAUUUAAAUAAUAUAGUAAGCUGCCAAUAAAAUCCGAUCUUUAUUAUUGGCUUGAUGUGGUAUCAUCUGGAUCUUUAUUAUAUUUGUGUCAUGAAGAUGAUGUUGAUGCGGAUCUAACUGGAUUUCUUCUUUUGAAUUUGAACAAAGAAAUAUUUUGUUAAUUUGUUUUUAUACCAGCGGCUACAUGAACUGUUGUCCUUUUAUUGAUAGUCUAUGAAAAUAAAGCAGCAUACUUGUACAGCUUGUUAUACAUAUAUGACUCUGGGUUUGUUUUUUAUGCUCCUGACCAAUUAAGCGGUUAUGACCCCGGCACUAAGUCUGAUGGACUAUUACACCGGGUGACCCGGAGACUUGAUCCAUCUUAACGUGUGUCUGAUAAUAAUAAAGAACCAGGUUGGGGGAGAGAAUGGUCAGCAUGAGUUCGAUGCUCGUGGAGACUGUGAGCAUAAACUACGAGGACUUUAACGAAAGUUUCUUGACCUGUGGAACUUGCCUGUGUGUUUACGACGGGAGCGAGCACACGCCAAAACUUUUGCCAUGUUCCCACACGGUAUGCUUGCACUGCCUAACGAGGAUCGCGGCCUCUCAGACCCGAGAAGCCGGAGCGUUUCGGUGUCCAAUCUGCCGAGAACUGAUAACAAUUCCUCGAGGAGGAGUACCAGCACUGCCUCCCAGCUUCCUGGUGAACCAACUGCUGGAUUUAAUGUCACGUCAACGACGUGAAGUUAUUCCCAAGUGUUCUGUUCACAUAAAUCAGGAGCUGCUGUUCUGCGAGACUUGUGAUACUGUUUUCUGCACGGUUUGCACUGGAGGAAAUCAUGCAGAGACUUCUCCAGGGUGCACUGAGCACACAAUCAUACCCUUCAGCAUCGCUAUUAAGAGGAUGUCGGAAAUUUUGCUUUAUAAAGCCAACGAGUGUAUUUCUAAGCUAACACAAGCCCAGGAGUCAGUUAGCACUGAGCUAAGGCGACUAGAGACUGCUAUGGAUAGGUGUCUGAAUGUCGUAGACGCGGAAUUUACUGAAAUUAUAGCCAAGGUUGAACGCAGACGUGACGAGCUUCAAGCAGCGGUCGCAGCAGCUGCCAGAGACAAAAAGCGAGUGCUCGAGGAACAACUUGCGCUCAUUGAAGCGGAGAAAAAUAAAGUUCAACAAGAGUGUGAAGGCUUGCAGUAUCAAGUCGAAGUGAGGAAUAUAACACAAAGAAUUGGGAGCCUUACUGAUCAAUUGGAUGCGGCUGUCGCACUUAGCGAGCCGCGUGAAAAUGCAUUUAUUACCGCUGAAUUUUGUCAUAACAAUGCGGUUGAGGAAUUGGAAAAAGCUUUAGAUACACUUGGAAGAGUUAGGUCUAGCACAACGUUACCAGGACUGUGCAGAGCUAGUCUAAAAGAUGAAGCCAUAGCUAAAUUAGAAACAACUGUGAUAGUAGAGACUGUUGACUACCAUGGACACCCACGAAAUGUAGGAGGAGAUCCGAUAAGCGUCGAGCUGACACUAUCAGACGGUGCAGAUAAUCAAACAAUAGAAACAGAGGUUGAGGAUCUGGACAAUGGAACUUAUGAAGUGAGAUUUCGACCGCCUUGUGAAUCAAGGUACGCUUUGAAGCUCUCGGUUUUUGAGCGACCUAUCAAAGACUACCCGAUGUUUUUCAACGCAACUGCCCACAAUGAGCCAGUCAAAGUUUACGGACACAAAGGUCACGGAAAAGACGAAUUUCUUCAACCAGUAGCUGUUGCCGUUGACGAUGACGGGUUUAUUUACAUUGUCGACUCCGGCAAUUCUCGUAUCAAGGUGCUGGACAGUAAUUUAGAAUUCCAAAGACACGUGACUAAUGAAGGCUUGGAGGGCCGCAGCUGCACUGGAAUAGCCAUUUCAGAGCAAGGACUAGUUGUAGUAAAUUGGAGAACGCGUACAAUUACGGAAAUGAGCUCACUGGGCGACACCAUUCGGUCAUUCACUCACAAUGCGUUUCAGGAGCCGAUUGAUGUCGCGGUAGAUCGCAGCUAUGGGCACAUACUUGUUGCAGACAAUGGACAGAGCUGUGUUUUUGUCUUCGAUUCUGACGGGAAAGUACUUUUCCAAGUUGGAAAAAAAAGCAUGCUCAAGCUAAUUAGCUCCGUUACUGUCGGGCCUGCUGGAGAAAUUUUAGUCGCUGAUUCUAGGAUACAAGUUUUCUCAGCUAAGGGAGAUUUUUCAGAGGAAAUUAAUGCUGAAGGCAAAGGUAAAGGCAAGUACGGAGGAAUAGCCGUUGAUCAAGAUGGAAAAAUAGUGGCUUCACGUAGCGACAAAGGCCGAAGCAUUAUCCAAGUUAUGAAACUCGGCGGUGGAGCAAUGCUCACUGAAAUAGAUUCGCACAGCUCAAAAUUAAGACGUCCAACAGGGAUCGCUGUGUUACCUAACAACUAUUUAGUGGUUGUUGACUUGGGUAAUGAUUGUAUAAAAAAAUACCGGUACUGGUAAAAAUUAAUCAAUUUAAAUUUUACCAGUUUAGUUAUUAAAUUUCUCGAUUUUAACGAGAUUGCUUAGGCUACACCGUCCUGUCAGUGCCAGCGCGCUGUUUUUUUUCUACUAGUUUUAUCUUAAAGUAUUUAAAAUUGUUCAAAUAAUUUACUGCCUUCUCAGUUGUGCACAAUCAAAAGAUUCGAUUUUAUAUUUGCGUUUGAAGAAAUCAAAUUAGCUAAUUAUUUUUUUUAUUUUUUAAUCUAACUCCAGAAAUUGUACAUAAUAGAUAUUUCAGUAUUAAAUAUUAAAUAUUCAACGUGAGGGAUAAUCUCAAUUUAUUUUAAAUAAUUACUGUAAAUUGUAUAUUUAAACUAGUCGCUAUCAAUUAUUACGGCAGCUUACUUAAUUAUUUUCUCUAUUUAAUAUGUCAAUAUAAUUUUUAUAUCCGACAUUCCUCUAAAACACGCAUGAAAAUUUUUAUUUGUCAACUUAGUAUCCCUCAACGUCAGAAUUAAACGGGUUAAUCAAAAAUUUUAAUUAAUUACAAUGACUGAUUAAUUGUUUUUUGGUUAAUAUAAUUUGUUUUAUAAAUCUAGUCAUCACCUUCAUACUUAAUCGACUGUUUUACCCUACUGUAUAAAUAAAAACAAGCUGUAAUAUAAUUAUAUGUAAAUAAAUAAUUAUAAAUAACAA